UGCGGUGGAGGGGCGGGGCUUGCGCCUUCCCGCGGCCCAAGAUGGCGGCUCAUGAUGUGGAGGCACUGAAGCACCACCAGCAGAAGGAUGUGUGCUUCACACGGCCCAAGUACAGGGAGGGUCGCCGACUGAGGGCUGUAAAGGUGUACACAAUAAAUUUGGAAUCCAGGCACCUGCUAAUCCAGGGAGUGGCAGCUGUGGGGGUCAUGAAGGAGCUGAUUGAACUAUUUGCUUUAUAUGGAACCAUUGAAGAAUAUUUUGCAUUGGAUGAAUAUCCAGCUGAGGAAUUCACUGAAGUUUAUCAUAUCAAGUACCAAAAGUUACAAAGCGCAAGAAUAGCGAAACGCAAACAGGAUGAGAAAAGUUUUUAUGGUGGUUUGCUUCAUGUAUGUUAUGCCCCUGAAUUUGAAACGAUUGAGGAUACAAGAGCAAAAUUAAAUGAGAGGAGAAGGUACAUAUUGAGAACAACAGGCAAUAGAGGUGCAGAUCGGUAUGUGGGAGUAAAAUACGGUGGACAUGCAAUUGUGUCACCAACUGUCAUGAAAGGAAGACUUUCUGAAAAGCCUGAACAAUGUGAAAGUUCAGAACCUGACCAGCAAGAAAGAAAUGCCGAUUUUACCAUGUAUGGUUUCCCAAUGUUAUUGCCUCCACCACAGGAAGAGGGCCAACAGUCUUUUUCCAUAUCAAGGUUCAGACAAGAAAAUCCGCAAGUGUCUUUGUCACAUGCAAUAUUAGAUGAAGAUGUCCGUUGUAUGAAAAACUGCUAUGAAUCUCCAUUACCUUAUUCCCACAAGCAAAAUUUGGACAAAUCUAAUGAUUCUAAGAACAUACGGAGUUCAGAAACAAAAGCACGGGUCUCUAACUUCAGAACUUGUGUCUCAAGAUUUGUUCCCAGGAAUAUGCAGCUGCAGGUCAAGAAGAAAAUAAACCAGCAAAUGGACAUUAAUGUAUUUGACAGAUUACCUGCUGAUGAUGCCCCAAUAAUAGGACCAAAACGUCCAGAUAUGCCAAAAGUAGACAUGGAGGAUAAUUCCUUAAAUAUCUCUGCUUCUUUGAUUCGAAAUAAACUUACAGAGGUAUUGUCUGUCUCUACAACAGAAGCUGAAGAGAUGCAAACAAAACCUCCAAAGCAACGUCGGAGAAUCUAAAGGAACUCCCUGAAAAUAGCGGCUUAUUGUGUCUUAUCACAUCUCAAACACUUUGUACAAUAUAUGUCUUUGAAUAUUAUUAGAAAGAAUGGAGUGGCUCUUGCUAUGCACAAGAUGGUUCAUUAAAACGAUAAAGAUGAAUGAAUCUGUUUUGGAUUAAGUGACAGAUUACUAGAGAGGACCGAAGUUGGUAAUGUUUCUGAAUAGUGUUUGACCUUUUAGUGCCAUUUGGGACAACAAAUAGGCAUUAAAGAUCACAAUUAAGUAGUGUCGUCAAUACAUUUUUUGUAAGCAGUUUGUUAAAGAAACAUUGGAACCUAUCUUCAUAGACUAAGCUUCAAUACAAUGGAUAGUUUUCAACGUUCUCUCCUUUGUUUCCAGUUGCAAUAUAGAACAAACUGCAACAAACUGUUCAAUAUAGAACAAACAAGUAACAAACUGUUCUUGCUGCAUAUGCUCAUAAAACAUUUACCUUCAUUUCUGAUUAUCAAUAUGUUUAAAUAAACUUAUUUAAUACUUUUUUAAUAAAUCUAUACCUGAUUUAUAAUGAACUAACCAAGCCAGUAUUUAUAGCCUCUGAGCUGAGUGGUGUACUAAGACUUCAGAAGGCACGAGAUUUACACACAUUGUUAUGAGUCACACAUGGUUACACAGGAUAAGAACAGUAGACCUUUUCACACUCAAAUCUCAAGUGAAGUCACAUUUAUA